AUGCGCACCAUUCUAUUAUGCAUUGCGCUCCUUCCAGUGGUUGGCCAAGCGUCAGGUGUCACGGGAGAAAUAUUAGUUGCCAGCGACAGUGUGCAGGAGCCGGUAGCUGAGCAGCCGCCCGACGGCGUCACGCAGCAAGCAGAACCGUCAUCGUCGGCACUACCCAGCCAAACGCCAUUAUCAGAGGAUAGCUACGUACCACCAGUACCGCGGACAGAAAAACGGCGACAAGUCGUGCGACGGCACCAUUGCUGCCCCGAACCACACUGCUGUGAUGUGGAGAAAAUGGUUGUGGAGAGUAAGGGAAAAGCCGAAGCCGAACUUGCUAAGGCCGUGGGAGCUGCCGCGGUCUUAGGCGGAGAGCAGGCUGAGUACGAAAGAAAUGCCAAUGAACGGCAUUUGCGGAGCAGGCACAAGGAUGAGGAGUCUUCUGUUAACGUGACUCUUGCCCAGGCAGCUGCUGAUUCACAUAUAGUGGAGACAGAGGUGGCUGCUCUCGAGCGGGAAUUAGAAGAUGUAAAAAAACAGAACGAGAAACUGGAGGACGCCGAAGAUAAAUUCAAUGAAAAGCUGAUUGAGCGGAAAGAGGAGGAGGUUGGCGCAGCAGAGAGGGACCUCCUCCAGCUCGAGGCGGAGAAACACAGUAUUGCGGAAGCGAUCGAGAAAGAGAUAAAACGCAUUGAAGACGAAGAGAAAGCAGCUGACAUAGAGGUAUCAUUGGCAAAUGCUCGCAAGACAGCGUUGGCUCACGGUGACACCGAGGAGGAAGUUGAGGGGCAACUCAAAGCUCUGGAAGAAGAGGCGAAGCGAGAGCAAGAUGAGGGUGCCCAGCGAGAUUUAAAUCAGACGCUCUCAGAGUUGAGCAAGCACAGGGAAAUCGUCACUGACCACGCACAAAGCAUCCUAAACAACGCAGACAAUACUCUCAGAAGCAUUACGACCGAGCAUCCAAACAUCGCCGCAGCUGAGCAGGAGGCGUCGGAUAGGCUUCAUAAGUUUGAAUCCGUCGCAGCGGUCGCAGAACACGAAGCAAAAGCCGAAGAGGCUCAGGCUGAGUCCGAACCCCCCUCAAAAAGAGAACUGGCUAAUGCAAACGUGGAUGAAGACGGCGACCCGCAGCUCGUGCUCUAUAACCUCUCCUUGCGCCCCGUCGGAAAGUAG